CGGAAAGUAGCGGACCGUGGCUCAUAAGGAACGCCCUACCUGUUACUCGGUAUAUUUGUGAGUUUCGCCAACAUUGUCCGAAAGAUGUCGUCGUGAUCUGCCGGUCUUAAUGGGUGACGACGAAGAGGGAGGUGUGAUUCAUCACACGCGAAGAAAAAAAUUUUCAUGUACAAAGUUUAUAUUGGAAUUGGGAUAAUAUUGAGACAUAUAAUUUGAUGUUCAUAGAACUGAAAGAAAGGAGUACUGUUAUAAGACCUACAUAAUGUGGCUAAUUUUUUAAUUUCGUUGGCAGAGAAUCUAGGAAGUGCUUUUAGUGGUUGUUUAUGAUACAUAAAUGCACAUGAUACAUGGAUGAACUAUGAUACAUAAAAGUAAAAGACAAUAUGAAAUUAGAUACUGUACCAAGCUUGUCAAUAUUCGACUUGUGUCUCGUAAAAUGUGACUUUGUUAUAUUCUGAAGAAAAUUGGUUUGACACGGAACGGUAUCAUCAUUUCCAAGUCAUUAUUUCCAUUGUAUGAUGUAAACACUUUAAAUGAGUUAUGUCAUACCUAAAUCAUAUCCUUGACAAACAUUUUAAAUUAAAUUUAGGAGGAGAAGUUUAAAUUCUGUCACAGUAGUGGGAUUCAAAUUUCCGCAACCACAACUCGUGGUGCCCCCUGUGAGAUGCGAAGGAUACCAUCGCAGAACAAAGGUGACAAGUAUAAUUCUCCAGGGGAAACUCUGCGCUUGCAUCAGGCAAAAGUAAGGGAUGAAAAGAGAUCAAUCAAGGUCACAGCAGUUACUGAUGUAGCGUCUUACAGUAGCAAGAGGGUUGAGUUCAAUGUCAACAUGGAGGCUAAGGCAGCAGGUGGUGAAGAUGUGUAUGAGUUCAAGAGUGGCAAAGAAGUUGCAUCUGUCCGAGGCACCAGUGCUUCACCUGAUGUUGAGAAGAAGGAAGCUCAUGUGAUUGUGCCAGAUGGAAAGGAACCACGCAGUAGUCCCGCAAGACAAGAGAGCCCCACAGACCAGGGCAGCAAAAGAAGUUUCACAGAAACAAGUGAUGCUGCAGAAGAUGGAGAUGAAGAAAACAAACGAAAGAAGCGUAAGGACUCUGACAGUGGCAAGGAGAAUUCAAGGAAUGGAAGUGGUGUUUCGGGUAGAUUUGGGGGUGGUCGAAAUGGUAGCUCUUCUGAGAAGUGUUCAAAGGUCGCUAGUAAUCCAAAAAAUGGUAACAGCUCCACUACCAAAAGUGUCCAUGGGUCAGGAAAUAGCAAUUCAGAUCGUAGGAGCCCGAGCAGUACUGGAGGGUCAGCCGGCAGUAGCCCCAAGUUGGUAAAUGUUUCUGCUGCUCCUGGUGGGAAUAGCGGCAAAUCUAUGCCUGGACUGGCUCCUGAGACUGAUGCUGAAACUGAUGAGGUUAGAGGGGGUAAGUGUGGUGACAGCAGUAAUCCAGAAGCAACAGGGUCAGUAACAACACCUAGCCCCACGUGGGCUGCCGGACCAAAAGUCCCACCACUCAAGAUUGUAAUACCACAGCAGAGUGCUUCUAUGGAGCAAGAGCAAGGAAAUCGCAGUGGAAAAAAUGGUGCAGCUCGACAUCAUCAGGCACUUCCCUAUGUUGUUGCUUCAUCGAAUAGUGCGGACACUGCUCCUGACAAAGAGGCAUCGGGUACAACUGGCUCUGUGCCCACUUCCAGUAAUGGCACAAAUGCAUCAGAACUGGGAAGUAACAGUAGUUCUGUGAAAACUGAUGAAAAGAAGGAAACAGCGGCUGGGCCCCAGUUAUCUGAAGACCAGCGUUCCACUCAUCACCAGAGGGUCUUGCGCAGCUCUCAUCGAUCAGGGGGUGGCACAUCAGGUUCCUCGUGUGGUACUGGACCAGGGUCUGCCAACUCAUCAUCAGCUGCUCUCUCUACAUCUUCCAUCUCAGUUAGUGGUACGUCUGCCCCUUCUCCUGCUGCCCCAGGAUUGAGCAGUAACAAUACAGUUGACAGGGGCUCCAAUAAUUCAUCACCAAGCCAGAGCAAUAGUCAGCGGCAGUCUCCCUCCCCAGCAGAACCUGUGGUCCCUCUCACAAGUUCGGAAGUAACCACUAGCACGAGCCUCACUAAAUCUGUUCCCUCUACGAGCAUGUCCGUAGCAUCUGCUCCUGAAGAAAAGACGACAGAACCUGCCGAGCAGCAAGGCCAGCCAGUGCAGCCUGCACCCCCACAACCUCCACCUGUUGAUCUGCAUCCCAGAAAAAGGAAAAUGAAACAGAGUAAAGAAAGUCAGGCAGCAGCUACUUCAACUUCUGUGUCAGAGCCUUCAGAUUCCACGAAUACAGCAACAGAAGUGCAUCCGCAUGAGCAGCCAAUCACAAACUGCUACCAACUUUUUCUUAACAUCAGGAAGCAGAUUGAGAGACGUCGAAAGGGACUAUUUCCAGUUCAGCCAAAACCUCCACAAGGUUUUAAGGAUUACCUUAUGAACCGAUGUACAUAUGUUCUGGCUGGGAAUGCAUCGUCAAGAUUGUCAGUUCCAGUUGUGUCUCCUCCACAAAAUCUUCAAGGUGCUAUGAAGGACUUGUUCAGUGAACAGGAAAAGGAACGAUACAGGUUGCGGAUGCAGCAUGUAAUUGAGAAGGAGAAACUUGUGUUGUCAGUGGAACAGGAGAUUCUCAGAGUUCAUGGUCGAGCUGCGAGAGCUCUGGCCAACCAGUCACUACCAUUCUCAGUGUGUACUAUAUUGAAGGAUGAGGAAGUGUACAAUGUGAUAACACCAGAGCAGGAAGAGAAGGAUCGCAAUGCUCGGUCACGGUAUAAUGGUCGACUGUUCUUGAGCUGGUUGCAGGAUGUUGAUGAUAAAUGGGAAAAAAUUAAGGAGUCCAUGUUGCUUCGUCACCACAAUGAAGCGGAAUCUCUUCAUGCUGUACAGAGAAUGGACUGGGAGUGGAAAAUGAAGGAACUUGGAAUAUGUGAAUUUAAAGCAAAACCUGUCAUUGAAGAUCUUCAUGUUCCCAUGGUUCAUGUCAGUGACGACUUCGACCUGCUUCCAGCCUGAAAGACCAUGGUGACAAACACUUCACUUAUAUUGUGAUUAAGUUACUGCUUGUAGAGUGAUCUCAUGUUGAAGGUUUGAAUGUACACACAUUUACGAGCUACAGUACAUAGUCAUCAAAAAUUCAUGCAACCCAUUCUGUGAGCAGAGCAAUACAGAACAUAUCUACAGAGUGAUGCACAUGGUGGCUUCGCUAUAAUCAGAUACAGAAUGCACUGGGCAGAUGCUGUAGAUCCUCCAACAGCUGCAUCACUUUCGAAUGAGCUUUUCAGUAGUGAAGAUAUGUUGCAAGAGUAAUGUAUUGUAUAUUCACUGUUUAAUAUUUAUUGUCCAAGAAUGGGAAUCCGAAAUCUCCUGGUAUCCUGGAGUUGGCAACAAUAAUUUAAAUUCAUGGUAACAGUUUCUUGUAUGAGGUUAGGUGAUUUUAAACUUCCAAGUUAUUUCAGGCUGGCUGGUGGCUGUAUUUUAACUGUGAGGUUGUGAUGCUGAUAUCAGAAAAAUGCAGUGUUUGACUACCUGGACUGUAGUCAUGUAAUGUCACAGUAAUGUCAAUAAGGGUCAGCAUAUUAUGCUCUUACACACACACACUGCAAAGCAAAGUAUGUAGCCUGAUGUGUUCAGAUUAAUCCUUAAUAUACUAAGUUUCAGGUUGAGUACCGCUGUGUUGCACAAAUUCAGUGGCUCUGUAUUGCAUGACGCUUCUUAUGGUAGUGAUGUUUGCUCCUUUGCGAAUGCCUGUUUGUUGUGGAUCAUAUUCUCAGGACAUCUGUGUGCAACUGGAGAUAAAAAUAUCUCUGGCAGGGUAAACAUUCUGGCAUAUUAGCUAUUGUUUUAUUGAUAUACCAGUACAAGAACCUUUAGAGUGAAUUUGUGCAAGGUUAUUUUCAGUAUGUAUUGUGAAUUUCUGUUUUGUAGUGUUAUGGAAAGUACUGUACAAUUAACAUAAGUCGACAGAAUAAAACUGUUAUAUUUUUAAUGGGUUGUGUGAUUUUUUGAUGACUGUGUACUUCUCACAUGCUCAAAAUUUUGUGAUUAUUAGAAAUAUAAUUCUGGAUGCUAAUGUAGUCAUUAUUGGAACAUAAAAUGUAUAUAGCAAUUUCAUAUUAAGAGAGGUGCCAAGAAAGUUAUAAAUAUAAGAUAUAGGUUUAUGCAAAAUGCUAUGAAGGCCUAAUACUGUUCAGUUAAUAAAAACUGAUGUUAGUACAUGAUGAAGGACGUUUACAGUGUAUAGUCCAUACUGCAAAGUAAUUACAAGUUAUGUAUGUUAGGUGCCAAAACUAAUAUGUGACAAGGGGAGCAGUAUGUUAAGAUAGUCUAAGGCACUUCUGUGUAUUCACAUUAAAAAUGACUUUUUACAUUAGCAAUAUAUUUUUAAUUUUUAAGCUAUUGAAAACUAUGUUUUCUGUUCAGGAUAGAACCAUAAUAAGACUAACCCUUCAAUUUAGAGGGGUGUGGUAUACAUGCUGUAAUGUAUUUCUUUGUGUGUUAUGGAGGGAUGUCUUAUAUGUACUCAUCUAGCUUCUCUGUGGUGCUGUGUGUCUAAAUCUUUAACAGCAUGAGCAGAACUUAUAUAAGAGAACAGAUGAAAGUCCAGGUCAUCAUAGUAGAGUAGACGAAGUCUGACCCAUCAGUUAAGGGAGGUUUGAUAGAUAUCUGUGUGGGAUGUUUGGCAUUGGGACACCAAAUGCUGGAUGCCUUUCUCAUACGUUCACAUGGCCCACAAAAUCAGAUGCUCAGUAUCUUAGAGAGUUUUAUGCAGAGGCCCUAAGGUAUUACCUGCCAGAUUACAUGGUGACAGCCCAGAAUACCAUAGAGAGUUCUGUCUUCUGGAA